AUGGACCGAUCCAUAUCAACAUCCCAUCAUGAGGUCACAACCAACCUCAAGAUCUGGAGCUGUGUAACCUGUCGUCGUCGCAAGAUCCGCUGCGACAGAAAAGACCCAUGCAAUAACUGUAUGAAAACUAACAUCGACUGUCAUUUCCCCGUGACAGGUCGUAUCCCAAGACGAACUCGCGAUGCCAAGACUCCAGCUCAGAAACAAUCUGAAUUGCUCAGUCGCCUUCGUCGUCUCGAGUCAGUCGUUACUGAACUCGCGGCGCAGGUUGAGGAUGAAAAUGGGGCAAAGACUAUGGGUCAGAUAACAGUGGAUAAGGAGCCUACAGAGUCUUCUUGGGCUACGUCAUCUGGCAGUCUGGAUCAUCAGACUUCGGAGUUUGAUGAGGACUUUGGGAGGCUUGUUAUUGACAAGAACGGUACUCUUCACGUUGGAAACCGCUUUUGGACGGUAUUUUGCAGCGAGGUUGGUACUCGACACCCUAGCGAUGAUCUAAACACUAACAAGUGGCAGGUCGACAACAUACUCCAAGCUGUACACGACGUUGCAGAUACCUCGGAAACCCCAAGUCACUCAAUCAUGACAGAGCCUACCACUAAUGGGGCUCCGGCUCCUCUAAGCCAUCUUGGCUUUGUCUUUGGCAGCGCAGAGUUCGCCAAAGCGUUAGAUGGGCUCAACCCCAUGCCCUCUCAGAUGCUCUUCAUAUGGCAGACAUACAUCGAGAAUGUUGACCCUUUCAUCAAGGUCCUUCAUACUCCAACAAUUGAAAAUUUUGUCAAACAAUUAAAGGGCAGCUUUAGCUCUUGGGGUCCCAAUGUAGAAGCCCUGUUGUUUGCGAUAUGCUUAGCGGCCAUUGCGUCUAUGGACGAAGAGACAGUCUCGUUGAACUUCAACACAUCUAGAGAACAACUGCUACAGCGGUAUCAAUUCGGUACUGAACAGGCACUUGCUCGUGCCAACUUUCUGACUACAAAAGACAUCACUGUCCUUCAAGCCCUGGUCAUAUACUUAUCGCUGCUACCAAACAUUGGGGCUCAAGAUAAGGUAUGGUCAUUGACAGGUUUGCUCCUCAGGCUAGCAAAGUCAGUAGGACUUCAUCGCGAGGGAGAGCCACAUCAGUACAAUCAGCUCGAGAGGGAGAUCCGACGUCGGCUCUGGUGGCACAUCUGCUUCAUCGAUUCUAGUAGUCGAAGGGCUGACGCUCAAGACCUGUCAAUCACCCCAGCAUCAUUCAGCACAGGUCUCCCUACAAACUCAAACGAUGUCGACCUAGACAGCUGGACGACUCAGAUUCCAAAUCCUAAUCAAGAGUCAACAGGCGUGACACUCUGUCUCAUCCGCUGCGAGCUGUGGUAUCUCACACAAGCCAUCCGCGCCGAUACAACCGACUCUCUUGAGACCCGUCUCGGCCUCUUCAACGCCCUGAGACAAAAGGUCGAGAAGACUUACUUCCAGCAUCUACGGCCCAACCAACCAUGGGACUCCUUCAUCAGGACGAUGACAACUCUGUUCUUUGCCAAAGUUGAACUAGUUAUUCGACGACGAUCCAAGACUCUCCCUGCAGCAGAUGAGCUAUUGAACCCCUCUAUCACAGUGAUCAAAGCGGUCCAGUCUCUCAAAUCAGAGCCUGCGUGGACAAAAUGGCGCUGGCAGUUACAAGGACAAGUGCCUUGGCAUGCAAUGGGUGUCUAUCUUCGUCAAGCAUCUCGACUCCCUUGGACACGGGAACUAGAAGAAGCAUGGGGCACGACUACAGCUUUGAAAGAAGGAUUCACAGAAGAAAUGGAGACUGGAUCACUGUGGAGGUCUCUCAUGCAGCUAUUCUCGGAAGCUGAACAGCAUCGUGAAAAGGAGCUCAAGCGUGAAGGAGCAAAUGCCCAGCAUACCCGAGAGAAGGGAGACCGCGUGAAUUCUAAUGUCCAGCAGAUGCUCAACAAUGCUGAAAACCUGUCAAACGAGAUCCCUGUUAACCAUCCUCUAAUUGAUACUUCGACGUUUAACUCGUCUCUACAUAUAUCUCCGCCAGCAGACAAUGGGGCUCUCUCCGUGGAACGUCUGUCAACGAGUCUAGGUACAGCGACUGAUGAUCUUCCUUCGUGGGUUGAAGCAGGAGGCGAUAUGAACUUUGCCCAAGACCAAAAUUUCGGAAACUCAUCCUCUGAUGGAACCGCCGAUGGGGUGGAUUGGGAUGCCUUGAUGGAUCUAGACGAAACAUGGAAUUGGGACUUCCUGUAG